UCAGCAGCCCUGGUCGGCUCCAGUAUGUUAGCUAGCAGCUUGAAUGACCGAUCACCCUGUAUUGUUUGCAAAUAUGUUUUAAGCCUAGUUCUUGACGCUACUUCUAGAGCUAGUAAUCUUCUCGAGAACUACUCGGCUUCGUCUAGGAUGGCUAAUGAGGGCUAUUCGAAUUAUAGUACCAUCCCAUGAUACGUCAUUCUUCAGAAGCAUUCCCUUCUUAGAUGAAGCCGGCAUGGUUGGACGCAACUCUUCGAAAUCUUCUCGUGGAGGGGGGAACGCGGUUCGUCCGAGUUUUUCUGCUUCUAAGUGAUACGUCAUUCUUCAGAAGCAUUCCCUUCUUACAUUCGAAUCCUAGGUCCUCCACGAUCGUAGAUUACGUUCUAACGGAUUCCGUUUAUAAUUCCCUGUCGUAAUCCGUUAGCUCGCGAGCUCGUCAGCCUUUUCGAUCGCCUCGCCUCCUGGGACACAGCCUAGUGACCCGACCACGUUCCGUGAAGACACGUGGCAGCCUCUUACGCAUCCAGCUGGCGCUUCGAGAAGCAGAGCGUGAACUGAUCGUAGUUUUUCGAGUUCACUCUCCAUGGCUGCUCACGCUCAUAGCGGGCCCAGUAACCCCCGCAAUAACGCGCACAGCGGGCCCUUGUCCCCAUCCGCGGGUGUGACAAGAGCGGGGGGGGUGACUACAGCGGGGUCUGUGAGCGACAGCAGCAAGGCAGCGAGCGCGCUGUGGCUCAUGGCGUCGCACUUCGAGAGCACCCGCCAGAUCCCGCAGCUAGUGAAGUGCCUGGAAGCCGUGUGUCAGAGCCCCCAGCCCUUCCUCCCUCUAGUGGAGGUGCGAACGCGGUGCUGGCUGGCGCACGUGCUGCUCACCCACUCGCGCAACGUGCUGCAGGCUAAGGCACACCUGGAGAGAGCGCAAGUACUCCUGAAGGCCGUCCCUGGAAACAUCCCCCUCAAGUGCACAGCCCUCUCUCUCCUCGCCACGUGUUACCGCCUCAUUGGCCACGCCCACUUCCACAAGCACGUGCUCCAAAAGGCCAUCGAUUUAGUCACACACCACCUAGCCACCCUCCCACCAGCCCACCCCCAAACCUGGGGCUCAGCCUCGGGUUCCGAGCCAGGCCCCACCUCGGUAGCAAGCUCGGGGUCCGGUUCGGGAGUAGGUUUGGGAGGAGGUUCGGGUGCAGGUUCGGCAGGGGAGCUGGUGCGGUGGCUGGGAGUGUUUUCAGUGGGGAUUGCAGGGCAGUUGGUGGGGGAGGGGGAUGUGGAGGGGGCUGCUGGUGCGCUGGCUAAGGGCAUGGCUGCUGUGCACACGACUGGGGAUAAGGGCAUGAUGCUCCUGCUAUCCUCCUCUCUGCUGCAUAUUCGCAUCUCGACCGUCCAUCACACUCCGCAGCAGAUCUCAGCCCUUCUUUCGGAUUGCACCUCUUUGUGGCAGCAGAUCCCGCCACGUCAGCAGCCAGACUACCGGGGCCUGCUCGUUUACGUCCAAUUGCUGGCUGCUAUGUGGCACCUCCGCGUGGCUGACUACAACCAGGCCAGGGCUGACGUGGCAGCAGCAGAGGAGGGGCUGGCAGUAAUGAGUCCUGCUGCAGCAAAUCGUAUUGUGCCUGCUGGCAGUUCUCCUGCUGAUGCGUCAGUGCCAUGUCAGUUGCAGCAGCAACAGCAGCAGCAGGGGAUAGAUAUGCGAGCACACAGAGGUGUGCAAAGGGAUACAGGGGCCGUAUUGGGAGGAGGUGGAGGAUCCGACGAGUCACCCGUGUGUUACAGGGAGGAUCCGUUGAUGCGGUUACCACUGGGCCCGCCCCACGUGCUGAAAGCUGAUUGGCUGCCGCUGCCAGCUGUCAGGGCGCUGGCAGGGCUGCUUAAGGUCGUGCUGAGCCGUCCGGGAGGAAAGUUCCUGGAAUCUGAGGGGGUGCUGAAGGAGGAGCGGGAGAUGCUGCGAGACGAGCUUCUUCGCAUUGGCGUGCAUCAAGGGUCAACAGAGCCGAGUCUGGAGCCGUGGAGUGUGGGGUGGGCGGGCACGCUUCUUCUCUUGCAUCUCUACGUUUUGGAGACACAAGCAAUACCUGCACUGACCGCCACGGAAUACCCCCUCUCGCAGCGGAUUUUGCUUGACAUGUGUGAUUGGUCGCGGCGAUUCCCGACCCUGCUGGCCUCGUUCGGUCCGAACCUGCACCUCUUGCUCGGGCAGUAUGCCCAUGCCACGGGCAACCUGCCAAUCGCAAUCCGCCACUUCAACACCGCUGCUGCCAAGGCCGUGUCAUCCUCCCCCACCAUGCCCACCAUCGCCCCAUUCGCUGCCUCGCGCUCUGCCUGGCAGCCAUUGCGCAUCUCACCAUCGACGAUCCGAGUCACUCCCACAUAUCGCAGGCAGUGGACAUUCUAUCAGCCUUGGAGCAGGAGGAGCAGCAAUACGCCCACAUGCGACAGAUGCAGCAGCAACAGCAGCAACAGCAGCAACAGCAGCAACAACAGCAACAAGGGGCAUCAGCAGCAGCACCAGCAGCACCAGCAGCAGCAGCAGCAGCAGCAGCAGCAGGAGGAGGAGAGGAUGAGAGGAUCAGGGAGCAGUGCGCUCAGCUGCUGGCGUCUGCGUUGCUGGCUCUGAGGCAGGGCAAUCUGGUGGAGGCCAGGAACCGCCUGGCCUCUGGCUUGAAGCUGACUCAUCGCCAGCUCAGCAACCACCAGAUCGCCGCCCACUUCCUGUUGGCCAUAGGGGGAAUCGCGCUGCGCACCAGCGACCUGAUCGGAGCCAAGGACAUCCUAAAGUCGGGCCUGACUCUCUUCCGGGCGGCGAGGGACACGCAGGGAGUGGUGGCAGUGGCGUCAGAGCUGACACUCCUUUACGGGAGCACAGGGGAGGUGAUGGCAGAGAGUCAAAAUGCGGCGUAUCUGGCUCGAAAGAGAGCCGAGCUGGGUCAGCAGGUCACAGCAGCAGUCAACGCCCCGGGCCACGCUGCCUUGCUCCAGUAUGGCAUUUCCCAGUAGGGUUAUCGUAUAUGGUGGAGGCUUAAGACUCGUCAACGUGCUUCUCACAGAGCACAGGGCACAGAGCACAGCGCACAGAGCACAGAGCACAGCGCAGAACGCAGAGCGCAGAGCACAGAGCACUGAGCACAGAGCACAUAUUUGUCUCAUGAUGCUCCUGCAUUGCCAGCUGUGGCUUUCGUCAUUCCUGCUGCUGCUGUUCUUGAGGCGCCUCAAAAUAGUCAGCUAUGGCUUCCAUUUCUGUUGCUGCUGCUGCCACUACCGCUGUUGCUGGAGCUGCGUGGAGCAGACGCAGGUCUGCGACAUUUACAGGUCGUUUGCAGCUCGGAAUCAGUGGAGUGAGUUAGGGGGCACAGUGGCUGUGCUCGUGCCCAGGGGAGAUGUUUUACUCGACUAAAAAAUCAUUCACAGGUCAUUUGAAGCUCCGAGACAGUGGAGUUCGCUUGGGCACAUCUGCUGUGCUCAUGUGCCCAGGGGGUCAAGGGCAUGCAUGGAGACUUGCAUCCUUUGAAAUGAAACGGGUCUCCACAGCAAGCCAUAGAAAUACAUUCAGGAUGUUUUUAUCCAAUGAGGAUUGUGAAGCAUAUUGUGGCUGUAUUCAGCCAUCCUAUCGCAAGUUCUGACAAAGCAUUUAGG